AUGUGUGCGCGUUUAUUGGCGUCGACGGGAGGACGUGACACGACCGGGCUUCGUAAUGGCGGUGGCUGGUCACUGGAGUCGGCUGGCUUGGAACAUGGACAGGGAUUUCGGCUGCAGAUCCGGAAAGAAACGACUGGUGUCGCAGUCCUAAGUUGCACCGACUGCUCGGCGUCGUCCAGCAGCGGCACAAGUGACAUCACCGACCCUGGGUCCCCGUACAGCACCACCUCCACCCACUCGUCGCACUCUGAGAGCGGCGACGACGCGGCCGCCCCCAGCCCCACCCCCGGGCCCGGCCCCGGUCCCGGCCCCGCCCCCGGGGGCGUUGGCGGCGAGGAGCGCGCGGGCGCGGCCGCGGCGGCGGCGGAGGAGCCCCUCGCUCCGGGCCACGGGCCCUCCCCCGCGCCCAACCCAGCCGCCGUCGUGGUCCUGCAGCCCUUCUUCAUGGCGCCCAACGUGCCCUCCGACCAGCGCGACGACGCGCUGCACUGCUGGGCGUGGGGCGGCGCCGAGCGCGGCCCGCCGCCGCCGCCGCCCUCCCCCCUGACACCCGUCACUGCCAGCAACGUCAUUGCCAACAUGAACCCAAAGUCCUUGAAGCGACAAACUGCCAUAGUGAAUCAUAAGACUGCAGCGGCCAACAAGGCUUCUCCCGCCACGUCCCCCAGCAGCAAGAGGCUUAAGCUGGACCACAGUCCAUCCCCUAAGACAGGGCUCUCCAACAACAACAACAACAAUAACAACAACAAUGCGAAGAGUAGUACUAGUCUGUGUGCGGCACUGCGGCACCAGCCGCAGAGGUGUUGCAGCGCGCUCCACAACCAGCCGAAGGCGCAGUGCCCGAAGCUCGGCAAGGGGGACGGGAAGGGGCGGUCUUUGGGAGGGGCCAUCUUACAGACUGACGCGGCCGCGCACGCCAAGUUGCAGCAACAGGGCAAAAUCACCGAGUAUUUCAAGACUCAGAUGAAGCCGAUGAACGGUGCGAAAAAAGACUUAGCUGCUAAAACGGGCUCUUCAGAGUUUCGGAGCCCCGUGAGUCAGAUGGUAUGCAGGAAGAGUGCAUCUGAUGUUAAGACUGACAGAAAUUCUUCAGGGGGAUUGGACAAAUACUUCAAUAUUAACUCAGGGACACAACCAGCUACCACAAUUCCCCUUUUGAAGGUGCCAGAAGUAAAGGAUUUAGUUGGGUCGAACUUGCCUCUUGCUACUUCUGUUCAGACUCUCUCAUGGAAUAGUAAGUGUGAUGUUACAGACUGUAAUAGCAGGUCUACAAAAACUGCUCAGAAAGUAAAUGAAAAGAUCAAUCUCGCUGCAAGUACUCCUGCACAUAAAGAGCUGCCUGCCCCAGCGACAACUUUGAAAAUUCCAGAGGUGAAGAAGAACGGAUUAGUCUCGCCAUCUUUGUCGUCCCAGAAAUUGACUUCUUUACUGUUGCCUCCCCCUUCUACACAAAAUGACUCAUCUUCUCCAUCCACUUUUUCACCUAAUCUUCCUGAGAGUACAUCUUGUACAAGUCAACUAGUUACACCAGAAGUGAGUGAGGUUGUGUGCAAUGUACCAAAGCCUGAUUCCAUGGAAGAAACUGAUGUAUUGUUAGAAAAGGAAGUUCUGGCAAGCUCCACACCUGCUGGCAAAGCGUCCUCUAUUCUGGAAGACUCUGCAGUAUCUACUUCAGGAGAUCAGAGUGAAUCUGUUGCGUCCAUCGCUAGUGAUAGUGGUUUGUCAGUUUCGGUGUCUUCUUCUAGCCCAGCUCCCUCUUCUCUCCCUUCUCCCAUCCUAUCUGUGCCAAGGACUAUUCGUUUUCCUGCGAUAGAUUGCAGCCAAUCAAAUGUGUCUAAGAGUGCGACAAUCGAUCAGUCUGACAGUACAACUUGCCGAUGGUCUGAAUGCAAUUCACAUUUUGAAUCAAGCACAAUUCUUCUGGAACAUUUGCAGGCAAAGCAUGUUAACACACAAGGAAUGUGUGAGACUUUCGUGUGCCUGUGGGUUGGCUGUAAAGUGUAUGCUCGGACGUCAUGCUCUCGCUCAUGGCUGGAACGACACGUUUUAAGUCAUGGAGGGAACAAACCAUUCAGGUGUAUUGUGGAUGGCUGUGGACAACGGUUCAGUUCACAGACCACUUUGGAGCGACAUGUGAAUAGUCAUUUCAACCAGACAGAAGGAGGUAGCAGCAGUACAAGCACCCGUCGGAGUGUGGAGAAUUCUACCAACAAAAUGUUCCGACGCAACGGCAAGAGGCUGCGUCUCCGUCGGCAACCUUGGUCAGCUCGCAUGUUUGAUUACUUCGAUUCUGGGAUAAUGGAGGGGCUGCAGCAUCGCCUGAUGAAUAUGACUGAGAAGAGGACCUUGGGAGAUGUAGCGUCAGCACCCGGGAACACUAUUUCUUUGCACAGCAAGGUGAUGGCUCGUCGUGUAGAACCUUCAGGGAAAACAAAAGUACUACUGAGAUGGUACCCUGAAGACAUUGUGGAUGAUGAAUGGGUACUGGAAACAGAUGUGCGUCGAACACAAACAGUUCCCAUCAGACAACUGACUUCCUCAGCAGUUGAUCCAAUUCACAGUGUCCUCUUCUCAAGUGCUAGUAGCAGCAAUAACAGCAACAGCAGCAGCUCAGUUAGUAUCAAUGUCACCAGUGACAACAGUCCAGGCUGUAGUAGUAGCAGCUGUAGUAGCACUACCACUACCAGGCGAAGGCCACGAAAAGCGGGCAAGCCAGCAUCAUGAUGCUUGCCAUCCUGUUCUUCUUAGUUUAUCAUUUGAGCUUAUAAUUGAAAGCAUUUAGGGUCCCUCAAGAGUAUUUCAUAGAUGUGUGAACCCUUGUUGAAGAGGAAAUAUUUUCUUUUGAAAACUGUGUUUUAGCUUUUUAUGCACAAAUGCAGCAUCAAUUGAGUAUUCUCUUCUAUAAAUGUGAUUCUCUGUAUCAAGGGAAUGAAACUAUGUGAACAUGCCACAUGCACCUAGUUGCACAUGGUGCUUUCAUAAUUCCCUUUAGUGUCUUUAUGUGCACUAUGCAUACUGAAUUGUAAAACGGGUAAAAAUUUCAGGCUCUGGGACCUACUAGACUUUCCUUGUAAGCUCAUCAUAAAAGAUUAGGUUGUAUUCCUUCCCUGUCUCUGGCAAGACAUAUUAUAGAGGAGAUCACCGUGAUGUACAUUUAUUGUUCAUUACAAUUGGCUAUAAAUUUAAAAUCCUGUUAAAUUUAAAUGACUUGAUAUGAUUUUGGUAACUCUUGCUUAGGAGUGAUUGCUAGAGUGAACUAAUGAUUUCAAAAUUGGUAUCAAUUUUGUGCUCUUGUAUGACCACAAUUUUAUCUGUGUAUAGAUUUUAUAGAAAACACAUUUUGAUAACAUCACUUGAUAACAUCUCAAUAAGACUUCUUGCUGGAGGCAGUAGUGAGUCCUGAGGCUUUUGAUGCUAACAUGCACAAUGACUAAGAAUUCUGCCAAAACUGUUGCUUACUAGAUGUGUUUGGUUGUUGAUUAUUUGUAAAGGGAUAAAGAAAGUACAACACUGUAUAAAAUGGUGUCAGAAACCUAAUUUCCUUAUGAUAAUGUGCCUGUAAUCUCAUUUGUGAUGCAAAAUCGUGCAAGCAAUAUACGUGUUUGUGUGGGGAAUUUAUGCAGAAUUCUUUGUUAUGGUGUUAGAAAAAUAAGCGCAUCAAGAAAAGAAGAGUGCAGAAGCUCAAGAACUGCUGGAAAUUCCAGUGUCAAAAGUAUGAUCUCUUAAAACACUAAAAGAAAUAUCAAGUUAAUUUUUAGUUUUUUUUUUCUUUUAAGGGGGAGUAGAGUUGGUUCUAGACUGUGCCCUACAGAAGUCCAGAUCAUUUUAAUGGAUUCUGAUACCAAAGUAAAUGAAUAAUGUGCUGACACUAGACACGAGAAUUUGUGAAAGAAAUUGAGUGGAAGACCUGGUUUAUAGCUAUGUUGGAAAUUGUUUGCAGCCGCAAAAUAGAAUAAUACUAAUAUGGUCGUGAACUCCAAAUGCUUGCAUUGUGUCAUUUUUAUUUAAGAGAGAAUUUUCCAAAAUUCCAAAAUGGUAUUCUUUCCUGAUGGCUGCUUCUUGUCUCUACACAUCUAUUAUGACAUUAAUAAUGUAAUAUGAAGACAGUCUAUUUUGAAUGAAGUAAUUUAUAGAAGUUAUUUUAUCAGUCUUGUACAUUCUCCUCAUUCAAGGAUUUUGUAUUGUCUGAUAAGAAACUUAUUACUUACUGUUUGUAUAUUUUCCACAUUCAGUGCUUAUGCAUCUUGUGGAAGAGGUGGGGAUGAAUGAUAAUAGGAAAGAAAUGAGAAAUGAAGAUUAUAUUUAUGUACAUGAUGAGAAAACAAGAAUAUAUAUAUAUGUUGCAUUUCAUUUCCUUCAAGACACCUCUGCUAAUAAGCGGCAUGAAGAUGGAGUCAAGAUAUUUGCUGUUCAUUCCCAUUUCAUGGAAUCCAAAGAUGAUAAACUGUGUAUAAAACUAGAACAAGGAUUGUGCUUUUGAACUUGUAAGGUUAUUUUGAAUGUGUAACGUGUACAUAGUUGGACAGGGUCAAGUUAGUUAGCAAGUAGUAUUCUGUAGUGGCUCUCUUGUUGUGAAAAGAACCUUGAAUAUGAGUAAGUAGUUGAGAAAAAGAGAGAAAAUGCCCAACUUAAAGAGAUGGAUGCUGAUGUAUUCCCCCUUUUCCCUGUUUUUCUCUUGCUCUACCUUCUUUUCAAGGAAAAUACAACCAGCUGAACUGUCACACUGCCAAAUGUGAAUGCAUUGUAUAUACAGAUGUAAGUGAAUAUUUCUCUUUUCUCUUUCAUUCUCUGCUCCGUUUGUUUCGGGUGCAAGUGUGGAUAGCACGGCACUGGUCAGUGGAUGCAGCGUGAUGGAAGGAAUGUCAGUCUCUUCUUGAGUUAGGACUAUAAUGUCACGUAUCAUUGAUCAUAGCAUAGUGUGUGUAGUUCAAAUGCAUAUUUAUUAUAAUCAUCUCAUAGCUGAAACAGAGUGUUACUUGCCCUUCCCUUUCCAUGCCCAAAAUACACUCCUACAAAAACUCACGUGCUGUUUUAUCUAGUUUGUUAUUUCUGUUAAACACCCGACCACUCUGGAAGCAAAGUAAUAUUCUGUUUCUAGAAUCAAGCAUAUUGAAUACUUUAUUUAUGUAUAAAUGAUAUAAGUGAUGACAAGAAAAAGAUGAAAGUCUUAAAAAAAUUUAUAGGUUUUUUUGUAGUGACACUUUUUUAAAAAUGAAUGGUACUGUGUGUAUGUGUUGAAUACGUGAGCCAAGAAAACAACUAACCUUUAAUUUAUAGUUAGUAUGUUAAAUAGAAAUUGUGAAAUGCAAAACUGAAUUUUAACAAAACUUAUCACUGCCAAAAAGCUGCCACGCUACUUUCCAGGUGUGCUUGUGUUUGACAUGGGCAAUGGAUUUCACAACUGCAAAAGAAUUUUCUUGUUUUCUUAUGAAGCAAAUCCACUGCCAAAAUUUAAAGGAAUGAUCAUUACUGUUGAAAGUUUCAUUGUGUUAUGAUAUUUUUGAAGUCGUUACAUUUCUGUGUGUUCAUGUUUAUGUAAUUUAUAUAAUUAUUGGUGUACUCCCCCCCCCCCCCCCUAUUGGUUGCUCCUUUUGUUAUCUUGACUGUGCCAUAGUGUAUUUUUUGUAACUUAAACCAUUGUAUGUGGUUUGUGACUGCUACUUUGGGUUUUUCCUUCAACUCUUUUAUAUCACCAGAUUGAAGCAAUUUUGACCUGGUAUGUAGAAUUGAAUCCACUGGCUGAGUAAAACUCUCAGAUCUUUGGUUAGUGUUCUGAAAUGUGUAGGGUGGAGAAACAUAAAAAAGUGUGAGAUGACUUUGAUAUUAGCAAUGCUAGAACCACUUCAAAAAUGCAGAAUGUUCAUUUACAUAAAAAUUAUCUAUGUAACAUUGUCAAUUAUUUAGGAAUAACUGGUAGCCAAAGAUGAAGUGUGAAAUUUAAAUUAAUUCAGUUUCGGUUAUUUACUUCUAGAAACUUAUUUCAUUGAUUUUGUGAAAUGUGCAUUAAAGUGUAGCUGGUAUCAGGUACAGUUGGAUCCUAUAAAUAGCACUAAAUUACAGUGCUUUGUAUAGUAACCUCUGGCUCGAGCACUUAUCAAUACACUUGAUCUCGCAUUGUAGUUUGUUUUAAGUUCUUUUGUAUGUUUAACUAGUGGUUUGCUAAAAGUUUUGAACUGUGUUUGUGACAGAUCAUAUUAUAUUUCUCUUUAUAUUGUAUUUAAUGUCAGAACAUGGUCAAUUGUCAACCACUGCUGUUUUUGUGUUCAGUAACUAAUAGCUCACAUCUAUUUAUUAUUAUACAUAUUAGCAAGUGUUUGAACUGUUCUUUCCUAUUUUAUUAUAUUAUAUUUUCAUUCUUUCCUACUUUCUAUUGAACUACAGUGUUCCACACUCGUUAUAUUUUUCUUGCAUGAUAGUUGUUGACAAUUUUUCGCUAAAAGUUAUUACAUUUCUUUUAAGUCUUACAAAAAUGAAUAUACAUUAAUGGAUAAAUGAAGUUUCAUUUGAGAUUACAUGGAGCACUCACACAAAAAAUAACUUAAUAAUUGUCCUCCCAUUUUCAUAUAUCUGGCUCCCUCAUUUUGUUGAAAUUUGAUUUCUGUUCCGUAAGAUUAUAUUGAUGGCUGUGAUUUACACCUGUUUCUUGGGAAGGAAAUGAGCCUUAUUUCCCUUAUUUAACUGUUGAUGAAUCCUCUAUCAUUGUUGUUUAUUUUUUAACUUGGAAUAGAAAGUAAAGUAAAGUUUUUCACUGAUUUAACUUGCAUUUAGAAACCAACACUUAAAAUGAACAGGUCUGUAAUGUUUCUUGUCUUAAAUUACUUUAUUUAAUUUCCUUGGGUUUCAUAUUUUGAUAAGUUUUUUCAGCUUGCUUGAAGGAUUUGCUACAAGCACAGUUCAGAAUACAGAACAGUUCAGAGCAGAGAACUUUGCUGAUAAUUGUGUGAAUGCCUUUUUUUUUUUUUUUUUUUUACAAAAUUAUGACUUUGCCAAAUUUUUCAAUAAGAAGUGUAAUUAUUCAUUAUCUGCUUGUGUAUAUCAAUGCUUUGUGAAUUCUAAUAAAUUCAUAAAUAUUUUAAGUAAACUUUUCUAAUGGAGUUGAAACUUUGGGUUCAUCAUUAUCAGAAAAGUGUCUCUGUUGCUUUUGAGGCUAGUCAGAUUUGUAGAGCAAGUGAGGAUUUUCCAGCUGGAAUACCAUAUCAAUGAAGAAACUGCUGUUAUUGAAGCAACAUGCACAAAACUUAAAAUUGUCUUUUUUAAAUUUUCAAAUUUAUGUCCCUUAUAUUCAGUUUUUUAGGGCUAAUGAACUGUACGAACAGUUGAUUCAAACUUAAAAGUAUUAUGUUAAUAAAUAUUUCACAGAAACUUUUCUUCGUGUUAUUUACUGGGAUAUCAGGAUGAUUUUACUACAAAAGUUUACUUCUUUGAUAUAUUCUAAUUCUUUCUAACUUUGUGAAUCUGUUCAAUGAUGCUUUCCUCAUCUUGCUCUGUCUUAAUUUUUCAGUUCGUUUCACGUCGUAUGACCCUCUAUGCACUAAAUUUACAUUAACGUUCUCUUCUUGAAUUGGAAAAUAAUAUUAAAAGCAUUUUGAAUGGUACUUAUAUGCAGUGUGUGUUUGAAAAACAAAUUUGAAAUAUUGAAAGAACGAACGAUGACAGUUAGAUGCUUUUUUCUAUUAAUUUGCUUUUAUGAUGAUGGUUUUAUAUGCCAGUGUUAAUGUGUGUCAUGGAACUAAAGUUAUUGCAAAAAGGGAAAAAAAAAAUCAAGUUUUAUUCUCAGCUUGAUAAGUGAAGAGAGGACUAGAACACACUAUUUUACUUUUGCAAGAAAGUAGAAAGUAAGCUGUGAAAAGUAAUUAUAUGAAUAAAGUUCAAAUUACAAGAAGAUAAGAUAAUAAAAUGUUAGUUUUGUUUUAGUCUGAAUUUCAUUCCUUGUGCUCUUAUGAAAAAAUAGUAUUGAUGAUGUAAUUUUUUGUAAAUAUAAUAUACAUCAGUUUUAUUUUACAAGCAAAAUCUGUGUUUGCCAUUGAAUGUCAUUAAACCUAAAUACCAAUACAUUUUUAUAUUUCCCCCCUUUUUUCUCUCUCUCUAAAACAACUAUUUUUAAAAUUUGAUUUUGGUAAUUUUGUUUCUAAGUUCUUUAGUUAUAUAUCUCGUUGAAAUGUUUCUAAUAUGUAAAAAUAUAUUUUACAUAUUAGCACAAAGAAGUUCUGGAGAAAUUUGAGGGGUGUGUAUUCCUGAUUCAAAAUAUACAAUGGAGGCAAGUUGAGGGGGUGGUAUAUAGUUGUCAAGAUUUCUCUUUCUUCCUUUUUUUCUCUCUUUCUCUCUCAUCUUCUCUCUUUUUGGUUUGAUUUUGAAAUUCCUGAAUAGUGUUUUAUUGUUAAUUGCCUUAUUUCAGACUAAUUUUUUCUUGCCCAAUGACCAUUGGGCUUACCCAAAGACCAUCUUGCACAUCUUUGUUUAUCUGCUCUUGUGCCUUUGAAAAUAAAAUGUCAGAGUGACUUGAUCUACACAGAACAUACAUAUUAAGAAAAUACCCUCAAGUUUGUGUGAGGUAUGAUGUGUAAAACAUGUUUUUAAACAUAUCCCAAAAUAGCCACAUUGCCCCAGUUUAUUAGAACUUUCUCUUUGGUUUAAAAUUCAUAGUUCAGUUUUUAUGUGAAGGGUACAGAAAUAAUAUAGCUUGCUAUUUUCAAGAAAUAAUUGAGAAAAGGCAUAAGACUGCUUCGUAACCAUUUGUGAAAUAUGUGAUAACAUUUUAGACGAGUUAAAACUCUUCUGAAAUAAAUGUCAGUGCUUUCUGGUUUUCAAAUGAGUAAUUGGUGAAUUUCCACAGGAUUCUCACAUGAUAUAAUUGUAUUGUACAUUUGUAUUAUAACACGUUAGUUUAAAUUAAUGAAAAUAUAAAUUAUUAUAGAAAUGUGUAAAAAGAUUAUAUAUAAAUAUAUACAUAUAUGUGCCACAUUCCAUUGCUGUUUCAUUAAGACAUCAGAAAAAAUACAUAUGAAAUUUUGAACUCAAAAGAUUUGAGUGCUAAUGAACUAUAUGAAUCAUCUGUUACCAAUAAGCUUAAACAAGAGAUUUGUAGGUUUAAAUUCUUAUUUUUUGUUUUUAAUUAUCACGUUAUGUUAGAAAACUUGGGUUUAUGGUUGAAGGUUCAUCUGCAGAAUAUUUAAUAAUUCAAAUGUGGAGUUACUGGCAUGAUUAUUUACAAAAAAUACUUGUAAAAGUUGUUGAAGUCUGUUUCCAAUCAAACUACAAUGUAUAUAUAUAAGCUGUGAAAGAGAGCCAUGGAAGUUGCAUCAAUUUAGGAAGUUUCUUCCUUUUCAUAACAUUUGAUCUCCUUGAUUCCUAAUUGAUGUGUAAUGCAAGAUCCUUUAAUUUAGCUUAAUGCAUGUUGCUGUAGUAUUUGAAUGAAAACUGGAAAGCCUGACAUCACAGUCUAUUUAAGAUAGUUAAAGAGAUAAAGGAACAUUACAUGUGUAAAGCCAACUCUAAAUAUGUGAAUGUGAAUAUGGAAAUGAUAUCCCAAAUGUUCAUUCUUAGGUGACAUGUCAGUUGUAUACAGGACCAGAGGGGAAACUAUAGUGCCAAUGACCUUGUGAUUUGUUGUAGUUUCUCAAAUGACUGCUAAAGUGAGUCAACCAUUGUUUUGCAACAGUGGCUGAACAUGUAGUUUGAUAGAGUAAUUUUCAUCAAUUGUAGUAGAACUACACUAUAAUAUUUUGAGGGUUACAACAAUGCCAAAAAUUUGAAAGAUUUAUUUAUGCAUUGCAUUUAUUGUCAAUCCAGCAACUUUUAGUUUCAUACAUUUUAAAAUAGGUUUUUUUUUUUUUUUUCUCUUAUUAUUCACACAAAAUACCCAGCCAGGGACUGUAUACAUGUACUGGAGAUAUUUUUAACAUAAGUUUUUCAUAAAAUACCAAGUGUGAGGAACUAUGAUUUUCAGGCAUAAUUAUUUACCAUUCUCGCUAAAUAGUUUCUGUAUUUUGUCAUAAAUUUAUUCCUUAAGUCAGAAAAAGCCUAUGUGAAUUUUGCUUACUUGAAUAGCUUUUUGAGAUUCUAAUUGCAGUUAACAGACAAUAGUUACAUUUUUUCAUGAUAAAUUAUGGCAAAUCUAAAUUUUAUUUUGAAACACAUUUAUAAAUUGCAAGAUUACUCUUCUUGAAACAUAUUUCCCAUUGACUACUUUAUUUUCUUUAAGUGACUCUUCUCAUCUUCACUUCUGGCUUCGAAUCAAUUUGUUUGGGUUUGUUAUAUUAAUUCAUUUGGUGACGAUUAAAAAUAAAUUGCUUUUAAAAAAUAUUGCUCAAUCUUUUAAACAAAGAUAUCACAAUUUUUGCUUAUUUUGAAAUUUGGAACAAGUGUGUUGCAUAUGCUUCCUUUUAAAAAUUAACAUGUGUAACUUAUUGGAAAUGAGAAGUAACCUAUUUUAGGUGUAGUUUACUGCAUUGUUGACAAUACUAUUUCGUAGACACUGUAUUUGAUGGAUAUUAAAGAGAAUGAUUGGCUCAUCUUGAAACAAAAUUUCUUGCAUUUUUUAAAAAAAUUUCUUAUGGGUUCACAUCUCCACAUUUUGUGUUUAUUCUUUGAUUUCAAUCUCUCUACACCAUGCGUUUAGUAGUAGAAAAAUCAUUUGGCAUUUUCCUGAGGGUCAAUAAUGCCCCAAAAAAUCUUUUAAACUAUUUUGAUUUUAUGAGGUGAGAACAUGUUAAGUGAGUGUAUGAGGUAAUAUCUUUAAUAAAUUGUUCAUUUUUUAAGAACUAGGUAUUAAAUUGUUUUUUGUACAUGACUAUUGAACUUGAGCAAAGUUGGUCUUGGUUGUUGAAGGAAAAGCAGCUACCUCAGUUCAAAUGAUAAACAGCAGGUUCCUUUAUUUGAACCUUUCACCAUUUUGUUUGUUAUUUUUAAUUUGAUACAGUUCCAUGGCUGAAGCUUGUACUUUUAAAUACCAUUGUAACAUAUGUGUUCAUAUUCAGACUUUAGUUAUAAACUUGGUGUAGAAGUAGUGGUAAUACUUACAGAUAAGUUUGAUGUUAAUUUGUGUGAAUAAGAAAUUAAAUUUAAAUUUUGUUCUGUGUGAAUGCUGUUGAAAUAUCCAUGUAUGAAUGUUCCCAUCUGUUAUUUAAAGAAAUAUAAAUAUGUAAUAAUUCAUUGUGUAAAAUAUUUC